AUGCAAGGCGCCCCAGUGCCUGCAGAGUCAAGCUCACAGGAUGAUACCAAUAUAGAGAUUAGCCACCACCGAAAGGUGCGCAAGGGAACCCGUAGCUGCUGGGAAUGCAAGCGUCGCAAGAUGAAGUGCUCUUUUUCCACUCCUGGGGACUCCGUCUGUCAGUCAUGUCGCAGGAGAGGGGCCAGCUGCGUCAGUCAGAAAUACCCGGAGGAGAUCGCCUUCGCUGCAUCACCAUCGUCGUCGGCCUUGGAGCGCAAUCGCAUUGUGCGUGUGGAGGCUCUUGUGGAACGAUUGGCUAGGAAGGUUGGCGUGGGCGAUGACUUAACGGGGAGCGAGGACAUGACAAGGAGAGCUGUAUCCUCUGCUCCGAGUGCGAGUGCGGACGGGGACGUUAACAUGGCCGAGUCGAAUGUAAGACUGGAAAAGGAGCGCCUCCAAGUACCGGCUUCGUCGCCCGUCAUACCGUCGCCAGCAAGAAACGCCACUACUCGCCAUGGAAACAUCCCCUAUGAUAAAAUAUCUGCUGCCCUGUAUGCCGCCAUGCCUCCUCAAGAAGACAUCCACCUUAUGAUUGAGGCAGGUAUUGACGUCUCGCUGCAUAAAGUUAUUACCCAUCCUUACCCUGUGUUAGCAAACCAAGGGCCUGGGGGUUUUAAGGGAAGCCUGGGUGAGAUACCCUCACCAACCACGCACCCCGUUUUGCUUGCAAAGUACCUAUUCGAACUCGCCACCUGUUUGCAGUACUUACACCCCGAGCUUCACGCCGACGAGAUCAAGCGCCUUUCGGAGCCGCCGCGCCAACUCAUGCGUCGCCUAGCUGACACGGUUAUUGCGUUAGUGACUAGCAACGACGAACUGCUCGACUCUAUUGAGGGUCUUGAAUGCAUCAUGCUCGAGUCAUCGUUUGAGGCUAACAGUGGUCAUCUUCGGCGCGCCUGGCUUGCCUGUCGCCGCGCCAUGCUGGUUGCUCAGAUGAUGGGCCUACAUCGCAGAGACACCCACCAGCUGUUCAAGGCCAUCGACUCCUCCCGGUUGGUCUAUCCGUCUUUCUUCUGGUUUCGCAUAGUCUGUACAGACCGCCAGUCGUGCUUGAUGCUGGGCCUUCCACAGGGGUCGCUAGACGUUAGCAUGGCAUCCCCAGCCGCGAUAACAGGUGAUACCAUCGAAGGUAUGUUCGAACGCAAACAGUGCGUCAUCGCCGGUCGCAUAUUAGAACUUAACCAGGCUGCUGAACAGUCUGCCAUGGACAAUCUGGAAGCCCUGCACAUGAUCGAUGCCGACCUGCAAGCCGCUGGCAACGAGAUGCCGAGUAAAUGGUGGCUGGUUCCUAAUUUGGCCAGCGUCGUACGUGAUCCGGACAAGACCUUCUGGGAAACAAUCCGUCUGUUCGAUCAAAUGUUGUACUUCAACCUUCUUAACCUGUUACAUCUGCCGUACAUGCUACGAUCGCAGGCGCAGGCACAAGAUACUGCAACAGCGGCUAAAUAUGGUCACAGCAAGCUUGCGAGCGCUAAUGCGUCGCGCGAGUUGUUAACUCGCUUCAUCAUGUUCCGGUCUUUCAACCGCGUCGCAUUCGCUCUUCGAUCUAUUGACUUCUUUGCUCUAGUCGCAGCCAUGACUCUAGUUAUCGCGCAUCUUGACGGGCAUCGCCAGCAGCGUCAGCACCAGCAGCACGGCGGCAUCAACAUUCUCGCACACCAACGAAAUAGCGAUAGAGCCAUGAUCGAACAAGUCUUGGAAAACAUGGAGGGCGUUGCAAAGCUCAAUACUGACGUCCUUAGCGAUCGCGCCUCAGGCCUUCUUAAGACGCUGCUCGCGUUCGAGACCGAUGCGGCCAAGGGAAAUAUAUACAGAUAUGAUUAUACAACCUCACUAGCGAUGACAGAGUUACAAGUAGACUCAGCCACGGCGACGGACGACGGACAGUUUCUACGCAUAGGUAUCCCAUACUUCGGCACUGUGAGGCUUAAUCGCGAAGGUGUCGUAUCUAUGGAGCAACCCACACACGAUAUACCCCCUGCGUCUCAGCCUUCACCGCCGCCGUCGACGCAGCAGCGGCAGCAACAUCUACCCACUGACCCGGGCAGCAAUGAUGCUUUUCAAGGCCCCUCAUCCGCCUCCCAGGCCCAUCCCCAGCACCUAGGAGCCGCCACGGUUACCCAACCCUGCCCAUCACCACCGACACUAUCGACACGUGUAUCCAAUACACAGCUAUCUACGCCGCUGUUUACGACCACCAUCGACGACACAGUGCGACACCAGUAUCUGUAUCCCGGCCUGACAGUGGGGGCAGACGACUGGGCGUUUCAAGGUGUAGACAUGGCGUUCUUUGAUAGCCUUAUUAAUCACUUGGAAGGGGGGAAUGUGAACGCUGACGAUUUUGGUUCCUGGACAGAGUGGGAGUAG